CGCGAUGCGUGGGCUGUAGAGGGUGGGUGUUUAGAGCGUGCUUUUGUCCCUCGGCUCAACUCUUGCGCUGAGUCGUGGGAUUUACUCCGUGUUGAGGAAUGUGUAUAUAACACGAUGGCGUUCUCGUGGAUGAGUUGUUGUUGAGAAGCAGAUCAUCACAUAGUCAUGAAGCUCACCACCUUCGCUGUUGCCGCUGCGCUUGCUGCGCCUAUCGUUCAAGCAGCUCCGGCUGACCUUCGUCAGCUCGUUGACAGACAAACAAGACCUAGGGAACUCAUCCAACCCGAGCUCUACCCAGUUCUGCAACGAUACACCAGAUAUGCAGUAGCAUCACUCGCAACCUUCGUGUACGGAUUCGGAACAUGCAAAAGCCCGCCCUUUGGAUCAAAACUCGUUCGCACAGUCAACAAUAUUCUAUCCGACACUCAAGUCGCUGUAUUCCAAGAUGAUGCCGCCAAAGAGUUCAUCGUCUCUUUCCCUGGCACAAGUUCAGUCCAAGAUUUCGGAACGGACUUCAACUUCUUCUUCAUGCCCUUUGAUACUGCACCAGGCUGCACCGGCUGCCAAGUCCACGGCGGUGUUCUUAACGGGUGGCGCUCCGUUCAAGAAGACCUGACAACGGCGCUUGCUGAACUCCGUGCCGAGAAACCAAGUUACUCAACCAUCAUUGUCGGACACAGCCUGGGAGGCGGUCUAGCAAGUAUCGCCUACACAGACCUCAAGUCCAACGGUGUUCCCGUAAAAGCCGCAUACACCAUGGGCUCACUCCGUGUCGGCAACCAACAAUACGCUGAUUUCACUGACAAGCUGUCUGGUGCGAGCGACUCUCAACUCGGCAGCCUCAUUCGCAUCACGCACCACAUCGACGGUGUACCUGGUCUACCACUCACCCCUAUGGGCUUCGUUCACACGCGCACCGAGAUCUAUGAGCUGGACACCAAACCAAUCGGUGGAACACAGAGUGCCGCAACCACGUUCCGGUGCUACGGUCAAGAAGCUCCUGAUUGCAACAAGGGUACUGCUGUUGGCUUCAUCAACCAAGAUCAUCUGGUAUAUACCGAGAUUAACAUGACGGACGGUGCGCAGUGUAACAACUGAUCCGGUGCUCGUCUUGAGACGUAGACGAUGAUUGCCAUGAUGGUAGAUGCUUGUAAUGUACUCUUAAUUCUGCUUCCAGUGAAUGACAUCUGCGACAAGAUCAAAGU